CAGUGUUUUUCUUUUCUUUUUACUUGAGAAAAGAAGAGCUAAGUUUCAUUCUCAGAGCUUAAAAGUACUUUCCAUAGUGGAAAACCCUUCAUCAGACAAGAAAUUUAGCAUGGCAAACAUUAGGUUGCUCUCUACAAGCAUGGUUCAAGCCACUUCCGACAAGGUGACAGAUGAGAGGAUUGAGUUGACUCAGUGUGAUCUCAAGCUUCUUCUUGUAGAUGCCAUCCAAAAGGGUCUUCUCUUCCUCAAACCCAAAUCAUUAGAAGAUCAAAACUCACUGAUCCAACACUUGAAAACCUCACUUUCUCGCACACUAGAUUGCUUCAAUCUUCUUGCUGGUCGCAUAGCCGCAGUAGAACAUGAUGAUAACACAGUCUCCUUUUUCAUUGACUGCAACAAUGCGGGAGCCCAGUUUGUUCAUGCCGCAGCGGAUGGUGUAACCAUGGCUGACAUCCUCCAGCCAGUUUAUGUUCCUCCAAUUGUCCACUCUUUCUUUCCAUUAAAUGGGAUCUCAAACUACGAGGCUGUUUCCAAACCUUUGCUAGCAGUUCAAGUUACUGAGCUUGUGGAUGGCAUCUUUGUUGGUUGUACCAUGAACCAUGCUGCUGUUGAUGGCUCGUCAUUUUGGAAUUUCUUCAAUUCUUGGUCUGAAAUCCAUCGUGGGUUGGAUCACAUCUCCAAAACUCCUGUCCUUGAACGUUGGUCACUUCUCAACGGUACUAUUAGCCCGCCGAUUCGCCUUCCUCUCUCAAUCAUAAAGAACAACUCUGAUUCGUUCAUUCCAUCACCUUUGCAAGAAAGAGUUUUUCAUUUUACCAAGGGAAAAAUAGCGGUGCUCAAAGCAAAAGCCAAUGAUGAAGCUGCUACUACGUCAAUCUCCUCACUUCAGUCACUUUUGGCUCAUAUUUGGAGAGCUACAACUCGAGCUCGACUAGUUGAACAUGAUAAAGAGAUUGAUUUAAUAAUUUUAAUAGGUUUGCGGGCACGAUUACAACCACCAUUACCAGAAAGCUAUUGUGGAAAUGCAAUUGUGUCUGGGAUUGUAACUUUGAGAACAAGAGAGAUACUGGAGCAAGGGCUUGGAUUUGUAGCUUUGGAGAUUAACAAGGUGGUUUCUUCUUAUACAAAAAACAAGGUGACGGACGUUUUAGCGUCGGUGCUGAAGAAUCCUAGUCCAUUAACAAAGGCCGACAUUGGACGUAUUCACAGUUUGGCUAUUAGCAGCUCGCCAAGACACAACGUUUAUGGUACUGAUUUUGGUUGGGGAAGGCCCGUUGCAGUGCGAAGCGGGUCUGGGAACAAGUUCGAUGGGAAGUUAACAUUGUUUCCGGGACUGGAAGACGGGAGCAUCGACGUUGAAUUCUCCGUUUUGCCUGAGACUUUGAAGGCUUUAGGAAACGAUUUGGAGUUCAUGGAUGCUGUCACCAUCUAAUCAGAUUUUCAAAGUAUUUCAUGCUCUAAGCUGGUAGUAGGUUUCCAAGCCUGUUUUUGUCUAUUUCAUGAUCUUGCCCUCUGUUGAAUUCUAUGUUAAUCCCCCUGCAUUUGCUUUGUUUUCUCUCUUCCACUUUCUCUUAACUAUAAAUUUCCUGUUCACCACUUCAUUGUGGAUUU